CCUGGGGUGGGCGGAUCGGGCUGUGCGGCGGCGGUCCCGGCGCGGCGGGAUGGCGCUGCCGCAGCAGUGCGAGGCCGUGUUCGGCACGGCGGACCUGUACGGCGCGCUGGGCGUGCGGCGGGAGGCGUCCCCGCAGGAGAUCCGCCGCGGGUACCACCGCGCCUCGCUGCGCCUGCACCCCGACCGCGUCCCGGCCGAGCAGAAGGAGGAGGCCACGCGCCGCUUCCAGAUCCUGGGCAAGGUGUACGCGGUGCUGAGCGACGCCAAACAACGUGCCCUGUACGACGAGACCGGCACGGUGGAUGAGGAUGCUGAGGUGCUGCAGGGAGACAGGGACUGGCUGGAGUACUGGCAGCUGCUCUUCAAGCUCACCGUAAAAGACAUCGAGGACUUCCAGAACAGCUACAAAAACUCAGAGGAAGAGCUGGAGGAUGUGAAGGCAGCGUACCUGAACUUCAAGGGUGACAUGAAUCGGAUCAUGCAGUCCGUGAUGUGCGUGGACUACACGGACGAGCCGAGGAUCCAGGCAAUGAUCGAGCGAGCCAUCGACUCUGGGGAGCUCCCGUCCUACCAGGCCUUCGUGAGGGAGUCAAAGCAGAAAAAGAUGUCCAGGAGAAGGCGGGCAGAAAAAGAAGCUAAAGAGGCAAAAAAGACUAAAGAUGAACUGGGCCUUGGUGAAGAAAAUGACUUGCAAGCGCUGAUUCAACGCCGAAGCAAGGAUCGAGAAAGGGAAAUGGAUGACUUCUUUGCCCAGCUGGAAGCAAAAUAUGGGAAUAAUGCCAAGAAAGGAGGAAAGAAAACUGCAGCCAAGAAGAGGAAGACAUAAGGAACGAUGUAGGCUGAAGUACCGGGUUUCAUUUUGUAUGGAAACGUGGAUUUGGGAGAACUUGGGAUUGUUUCUGGGCUCCUGUUCUGGGCUGUGUGCACUGACUGGCUGUGACUGGGAGGCAUGACAAGGCAGACAAAGCAUUCCUGUGCUACUGCUUCAAACCCUUUGGGUGCUCUUCAGUUGAGAUCCACGUGUGCUGUUCACACAGUUCUUCCCUAACGAGCCUCCUGCUGUUUUUAAAGGUCUUUGCACAUCAGCUCAACAGGUGUUUUUCAGAUAUUCCAGUAGUUUUAUAUAGUUUGGAAAAUUGCAGAUUUAAUAAAUGAGAAGGUUUUUUUUCAGA